AUGUCUCUGAACGAAGUCUGGGAGGCAGCCUCCGCGACUCCUUUUGUGCCUCUUAUUAGCAAGGAUAGCCAGUUUACCGUCGGCUUCAACUUACUCCUUAUCGCAUUGAUUACGGCCACACUCUUUGGACUGAAUCGGUCUUUCCUCGGUAUCGCAUCUUUGGGUGUCCCCGCCGCAUUGGCUUUUGGAUUUGGAGCUGUGUUCAUGAUCUGUGCCGCCGGAGUCUACGUUUAA